UCUCAAGAAAAUGUGACUAUUUCGGGUGUGACUAUAGCGGGACAUUUUGGUGUUUCUUUUGCUGGCUGUCUUUCAUGUUGCCACUGUAGUGGUGGUGGUGUUUUGGUGUUUCUUUUGCCAGCUGUCUUUCGUGUUGCUGCUGUAGUUGUGGUAAAUGGGUGGCGGUUUGGUGUUUCUUUUGCUGGCUGUCUUUUGUAUCAUCUUUGUAGUGGUGGUGGCAUUUUGGUGUUUCUUUUGUUGGCUGUCUUUCGUAUUGCCGUUGUAGUUGUG